CUCCGGCCUGGGGCUCACCUAUGUCCCUGCUCCUGCCCAAGCCCGGCCUGUGCCGAGCCCAGGGCAAGUUCUGGUGGAUCUCCUCCUGUCCCGGUGUGGCCGCAGCCGCAGACGAUACCCCGCUGUCAGUCACCCACCACAUCCUGAAACCCUCCCGUCACCUCACGCCGCUGCCCUCCGGCUUUACACUGCCCGGCCCUGGGGCGAGACUCCCGGACGUGCCGGUUAACAGCCGCCCCCUCCGGGUCCGGGUGCUUCAGCUUCCCCCGGUGCCCGGCCCGCCGCGCCGAGCCCCCGCUUCCCGCCGGGCCCGGACCGUGCGGACCGGCCGGAUGUCCGGGCAGCGGACGGAGGAGCGGGGCCGGGGCGGGCCCGGGCUCCGCCUGAGCGCCGCCGCCACGCCGGGGGCCAGGCCCCGGGCCGCCCCGCCCUCCAGCACGGCCCGAGCAGGACGCAGGCGGAUGGCGGAGAGCCGCGCUUCGCUCCCCCGCCUCCGGGAGCCGCAGAGCAGCGGCGGCCCCAACUGCAGCCCGCGGUCGGGCCGCGGCCACCGCCGGCACCUGGGCCACGGUCACCGCCUGAGGAAAGUGACCCUGACCAAGCCCACCUUCUGCCAGCACUGCACCGACUUCAUCUGGGGGCUCGGCGGCUUCCAGUGCGACCUUUGUAAUUUCAUGUGUCACGAGAAGUGCCUGAAGAAUGUGAAGACUCUUUGUUCAUGUUUGGCACCAAACCUGGUAAAGAUUCCCGUGGCACAUUGUCUUGGAGUUCCUGCACAGUAUAAAAAGAAAUUUUGUGCUGUAUGUAGGAGACAGUUGGAGGAAAGUCCUGCAAUACGAUGUGAAGUGUGUGAAUUACAUGUCCAUGUCGAUUGCAGUCCUUUUGCCUGCAGUGACUGUCGACGAUGUCAUCAAGAUGGGCAACAUGAUCGGGAAUCAUAUCACCACCAUUGGAGGGAAGGGAAUCUCUCUCCCAAUGCUCGCUGUGAUGUCUGUAAGAAGUCCUGUGGGUCAUCUGAAGUGUUAUCUGGCAUUCGAUGUGAAUGGUGUGGGGUAACAGUUCAUGCAGAUUGCUGUAGUGGCCUCACACCAGAAUGCAAUUUUGGAAGAUUACGGAACAUGAUAUUGCCUCCAAAUUGUGUGCGUCUGUCUGCACGCAAUUUCAGCAAGUUCCACUGUUUUCGGAUAUCAGAAAGUUCACAAACAGAGCAGGUCGAUGAGGACAGUGGUGAUGAUGAUGAGCUGGCUGCUGGAAACCAUGGAUCAUAUAAAGAUACUCCGUCUCCUUCCACAAGUGAUUCAGGUAAACAGACCUUAAAGAUAUUUGAUGGAAAUGACACAUUGAAACGAAAUCAAUUUCGACUAAUUACUGUUCCACGAAUUUCAAAAAUAGAAGAAGCAGUGGAAGCUGCACUGAGAACAUACUACAUUCCAGAUGAUCCUCAGGACUAUGAACUUCAAGUUUUAACCCAGGAUGUCUCCUGUGAUGAUAUCAACAAGAAUGAAGACAGGAUGGAAAAUAGAAAGCUGCCAGUAUUCCGGGAUACUAUUCCCGAAGCAUGGGUAUUACGUGCAAAGCCAAGUGAAACUGAAAUAGUCAAAAUUUAUCCUGGAUGGUUAAAGUUUGGAGUGGCCUAUAUCUCUAUUCCUAUAACUGUCGAGACAACAGUAAGAGCAAUUCUCCAGGAAGUGCUUUUACAACUAGGGCGACAGGAUGAAAAUAUUGAAGAUUUUCAAGUGGUUGAGGUCCUCAUGGGUUGUAAACAGGUGCAGAGUGUGGUGCUGACUCAGUUUGAACCGUUUCUUCGCAGACUUCAAGAUAUUAGGAAGAUCUCUGUUCGUCAAAUGAAUCAGACACGGUUUUAUAUCACAAAGAAGCAGAACACAGUGGUGCAGGUGAACUUGCUGCUCAUGGGCCUUCCACCUCACUUGUCUCAGGACAAGUACUUCUCACUGCUAAGUAGUUACUUAGAGAUCAAAAGGAAUGUGGUAUCUCUUAGUUAUGUAUACGCAGACCAAGGUGCCAUUGUGCUGGAAAUUUCAUGCUUUGCUGAAGCAGAGAGGAUUUAUAUGCUUGUUAAAGACACCACCAUCAAUGGCAAACAACUUUCAACAGUUAUAAUCCCUGAUAUUCAGGUCUCACAGCUGCCUCCAGAUUCCUACCCUCUCCUUUUGUUUGUGAAUCCAAAAAGUGGGGGAUUGAAAGGCCGAGAGCUGCUGUACUGUUUCCGGAAGCUUCUGAAUCCUCAUCAGGUCUUUGACCUUACAAAUGGAGGGCCUUUGUCUGGGCUGCACACAUUCCGACAUGUUCCGUACUUCCGGAUACUGGUUUGCGGGGGAGAUGGGACAGUUGGUUGGGUUCUGGGAGUUCUGGAAGAGAUUCGACACAAGCUGACCUGCCCUGUGCCACCUGUUGCUGUGUUACCCCUUGGAACAGGCAAUGACCUGGCAAGAGUGUUGCGCUGGGGACCUGGUUACACCAGUGAGGAUCCCUUCUCCAUUCUGCUGGCAGUUGAUGAGGCAAAAGAGGUUCUCAUGGAUCGUUGGACAAUCCUUCUCGAUGGCCAAGAACUUACUGAUGGCACAGAAGAUGGUGCCCCGGAACUGGAACCACCAAAGAUUGUACAGAUGAACAACUAUUGUGGAAUUGGAAUUGAUGCAGAACUCAGCCUUGACUUCCAUCAAGCAAGGGAAGAAGACCCAGACAAGUUCAACAGCAGGUUUCAUAACAAAGGUGUGUAUGUAAGGUUGGGUUUGCAGAAUAGCCACACACGAAGUCUACACAAGGAUUUAAAACUUCAGGUCGAUGACAGGGAGGUGGAACUUCCAAACAUUGAAGGUCUCAUCUUUCUUAACAUUCCCAGCUGGGGAUCGGGAGCAGAUCUGUGGGGCAGUGACAGUGAUGGCCGGUUUGACAAACCGCAGAUAGAUGAUGGAAUGCUGGAGGUGGUUGGAGUCACUGGUGUGGUUCAUAUGGGACAGGUGCAAAGUGGCCUUAGGUCUGGGAUCCGGAUUGCCCAGGGCACGUAUUUCCGUGUGACUCUGCUGAAGUCCAUUCCUGUUCAAGUAGAUGGAGAACCCUGGAUUCAGUCCCCAGGGCAUAUCAUCAUUUCUGCUGCUGGGCCCAAGGUUCAUAUGUUAAAAAAAUGCAAACAGAAGCAGAAAAAGCAAACCGGGAGUUUCAAAGAUUCAAGAACAGAGAACUUUCCUGCCUCGGAAGUUGGCAACUGAAAAACAAAUACAUUUUUCCAGUUCAUUUGAAGAUUUGGAGAUGUAAAUCAAGAGAUUAAUUGCUGAAUGAUUUUAGGUUUGCAGCAAUUUGCUUUGUAAUAAUUUUUGAGAUUCAUUUGCUCAUUUCCACUGAAAAUUUAACUGUUGUAGUGAUUAUUUGAUGUUUCAGACCAGUAGCCCCACAAACAGACACUGAAUUAACAAUUAAAUGAUUAGUGUUUCUUGUUCACUAAACUGAAGGGUAGAGUAGUUAUUGAAAUAAUCACCAAAAAUCCUUCUGCACAUGGACAGGAAAUGCCUCAAUCUUUGCCCCUUCAGGGACCUGUUCUGGACUGUUGGGCUUUGAAAUGAGCAACUCUUCUCAAUGAUUUCUGUUCUAAUCUCUUCUGAUCUCCUCAAUGUAUUGGCCAGGAAAAUAUUGUCAAAUGGUUAGAACAUUCAUUUUCCAAGUUGUUUCUACUUGUCUCUUAUUUUUGAAAAAAAAAUCACAAGUUACUUCUGAAAUUUUCAUUCCAGAGCUACACAUAAAUCCAUUUAAGAUAUUGCUAGGUUCUUGUAAAUAUUCUUUUGGUAGAACAACGUCCAAAAUUUCAAUAUUUGUUUACUCUGAUUAUUUUGUUAUUUGAACUGAUAAAGCCAAUUAAUUGUGUAGACAUAUUAAUGCUGAUCUUUAGUAUACUUUGAAAAAGAAAUGUUUGCAGAGAGAAAAUAGUUUUAUACAGAAAUAAUAUUUAUGUUUGAGGGUGAUAGAUAUUCAGGGAUACACUGUUAACAUGUGGAUCCAGUAACCCACGCCUUAUUGAUCAGCAGCACAUUAAUGUAAUUGGCUCUUUGUUCAAAAAAAGGAUCUAACACACAUUAAUGCAGCAACCAGUAAAAUAGCGAAUUAUCUCAAAAGUGUGCAGACAACAUUGCCUUGUGAGGAUUUUAGAUUUAGUGGAACUAAAUAUUCUUCUUUGAGAGGGUACUAAUCAGCUUAAAUUUAAUCAUUCCAUGUGCAAAUGUUUUGUCUCUCAAGUAUUUUCCACAUGCUUAAUUUUGAAAUUUUGUAAAUUGUUAUCUGCAAGUUUCACUCUUGGGUUGUCUCAGAUCACAGGUUAUAAUGUAUCCCCGCCAAACCUUUUGAACAGAAUCUAGUGAUUGUUUUACUCAUUAUUGCCAGUGCCUCCCCUCUUCAUUUUGUAUUGUCAGUACUGGUGGCCACGUCGUACGAUUCACUAUGAUGUUAUGAAAGAUAUUCCAUCCAAUAAUAGUUCAAAGGACUAUCGUUCCUCAUGGGGAUACAAGGGGGAAUGAUGCAGUUUCCUAUUUUUAUAAAUACCAUUUCAUAUUUGCACAAGAUGCAAUGAGGGAAAAAUAGCCCAUACAAACCAGUUUCUGUUACUGACUGAAUGAAGAGCUCACUAUUAGGACUUUACUGAUCAAAGGACUUUACUGAUCAAAGGGCUUUGCCAGUGAAAUCUUUGCCUAGAAUGAGCAAUAAAAGACUUUUCCUGCAGGUCACAUUGUGUCCAAAGAGUAAGUUACAGGGACACUCAUCAAUCAGAAUUAGAAGUUAACAGCAGCCAAAGUGGCAUUUUCAAAAGCUAUACUUUGUUUUUUGUAGAAAAGAAAUGCAGUGAGGGAAGAACGGAUUUGCACAGUGUUCUUUCACAGUGAUCCAGUUUGGUUGCUUCAGUGCAUCAACAAAAGGAAAAGCUUUGAGCAUGAAUCUGUAUUGUACUUGCAAUGGUAUUGUGCAUUUCUGCCAUAAUUAACAUUCAUUAAGUUACUUCUUUGGGGGAGGUUAGGACUUUUAAACUAUGCUCAAACAUAUCAUCAUUCCAGUGACUAUUAACACAACUACAUGCCUGCAUUCCGUUUGCAGCCAGACACAAGUCCAUCUACAAUAAUAAAUUGCCAAUAUUCUGCACAUCAUAAUUUCAAUUUGCCAAGUGAAGAUUAGAUUAUGUCUAAUUCUCAUGAAUUGAACUGAAUAUUACAUGAAGAAUGUUAUCUAGACCAUUGAAAUUGGUUUACAUUUUUAAAUUUCAUGUUCGAAUUUCAUUUUUUCCCCUCAAUGUGCCUUCACUAAAAGCUCCAACAAAAUGUUAUGUACAUAAUUAAUCAAAACAAAUUCCUGUGCUGAAAUAAAACAGAAAAUGACCUAACACGUUAAUGCUCUUUUUGCUCCACAGAUGUUGUUUAAACUGCUGAGUAUUUGGGCAUUUUUUUUUUGGUUUUUAAUUUCAGAUUUUCAACAUCAGCAGUAUUUUGCAUUUGAAUUCCUUUGGUGGGUGUUACUGGCAUGGUAGUACUGGUUAGCAAUAUGUAUACACCAAUUUUUUUUUAAAUGUGCUUUACAGAUCUUUCAGCAUAAUGAUAAGGAAAAUGUUACCUGAGGUUUUCCUUUGCAAAUGCAACACUUUUUUAUUGUGUGCUGGUGCUUUCACUGAAAGGAAACUGCAGCCAUUGGAAAAUGGGAAACUUUCUAGGUCCCAAAAUGUUUACAGUUCAAAGUUCUAGAGUUCUAUUUUGGUAAUGCAACUGAACUUUGAAAACAAAAUAUUAAUUGCAUAUUUGUACCUAUUUGAUUUGACAGAAGCAAUUCUAUUUUAUUAUGGUGCUUAGUUUUGUGGAUUGUUAUAUGUUAAUAUUUUAAGUAUCUUGGGAAUUAUAUUUGUGUAGUAACUAUAUAAAAAAGUAGAUGCAAGUACAAGGAUAUUAAAUGGGUUGUGUUUAGCAGCAUGUCAUACACUUCUGCACACUUUUUUGUGACCACUUAACGUCACAGAUUGAUUUUGAUUUUGUCUAUUUAUCUCAGAGUUUCAGGAUUUACACUUUUUUCCUGGAGAGGGAAAAUAAAUGUUUGCUUCUUUUACUGGCCAAAGCUGUGAGGUGUCUCUUCGUGCAUCAGUGUAGUGUUUUAAUCCACAGAAAUAUUUAAUAAUUUCUCAAACAUUAUUUUGAUUUGCAUUGGAUUUGUCCUUUUGUGCUAGUCUCACCUAUUAUUAUGGCACAAGAAUUAAUUGUGUGGGGGCUACCUAACCUAGAUUAGCAUAGUUUAAACUGCAAUAAUCCCAUUGGCCAAUGACAGAGAAGGUUGUAGUUAUUAUAACUGACAAUAGCAGGUGUUAGUGCCUUGUUGCUGUUGCUUGUUUACUGGAUGAGAUCAAUGCACAAGUAGAAUUCCAACCUUAAAAGAUUGGGUGGAACCUGAAACCUGUCAGUAUGUCUAUGGAAAGACACGUGCAUCAGGAAAAUGUUGCUUUUCACUAAGGUCCAGCAUUAAACAGUAAAUACUGACAGUAAAAGCUCUGUUUCUACAUCGAAACAGGGGAUAAUUACUAUUGUCCUUUGAAGGUCACUUUACAAUAUCAGUUGCUGGUAGGUAACUGAGAGAAUUUAUUUUAUUGCAUUUUCCAAAGAGGUAAUGAUCUGCUCAUCUGUCUGUUUUUGCCACCUCAGUAAGACUGGAACCAAAUUACACUCAAGACAAUACAAACACGAAAACAUAGUAAAAUAUUUAAACUGAACAAUCCUUUAAUCAAAAUGCUAGUGUUUUAUGUAAGCAAGUUAUCCUGGCAUUUAAAAAAAAAUCACUAGUUUGCAAUACACUGUCAGAUUAAAUUCAUAGUGAAUUCAUUAUUCUCCUUGGCUGCUGGAAUCCAUUUCAACUAUCAAUUUGUUUGUUAAAAUCAAGCAUGAGAUGUGCAAAUAUAUACUUACUGAGCAGAUGUAUGGGAAAUUGUUUACCGCCAAUGUCUUUUUCUAGUUUGCUCCAAUGUAAUGUUAGUCUUCAGGUUUGUUUUGUAGGUCAAAACCAGCAGGAAUGUUUUCUGUAUGUAAUGUGUUCUGCUCAAUGUGGAUCUUGUACUGUAAAUAUUGAUCUAACUCUCAAGAUUCUCAUCACUCCACCAUCUACUGCUCAGAGUUAGAAUUUCCAUGAUUUGAUGUUAAUUGCAUCAGUUAUGUAUAUUUUGAAAUUGUGGGGUAAAUGAGUUGUUUGAUGUGGUUAAAAGAAUUGCACUGUUACAUAUCAUCACUUCUGAAUGUUCAAUGAUAAAUCUAUGGAAAGAAUAAAAUUAGACAUGUGAAAUUA